AUGGCGCAACACGGUGAAGCUGCCGAUUACUACACGGGCGCCGCACCACCCCAGCAACCGCAGGGCGCAUACUACCAGGGUCAGCCAUACGGACAGCAACCUCCCCAGUAUGGCCAGAACUAUGCGCCGCCGCCUCAGGGACCGCCGCCCAUGCAGCAGCAGAACGGCUACCAGCAAGACAACAAACAGAGCUUCGAACAGGCGUUCAAACUUGACAAGCCCAAGUACAACGAUUGGUGGGCGGGACUACUCUUCAUCGCUGUUUUCCUAGGCUAUGUCGCAGUCAGUGUGAUUUCAAUUCGCGGAUAUUCGCGUACCAAUAGCGGAGGCAUCUACGGCGGCGACACCAACAACUUCGCUCUCAACUCGAACACCAUCAUCCUCUUCGCAUUCGUCCUCGGUUUAGCUACGGUCUUCAGCUAUGCAUACAUGUGGGCUGCGCGCAAGUUCACCAAGCAGUUCAUCUGGAUCACCGGCAUACUCAACAUCAUCUUCGGCUUUGUUACGGCAAUCUACAUGUUGUCCAGGAGAUACUGGUCUGGAGGCAUUGUGUUCCUGCUGUUCAGUGUCUUCUACGUUUUCUGCUUCAUCAGCUGGAUUCCCAGGAUCCCGUUCAGCGUCCUCAUGCUGCAGACUGCCAUCGACGUGUCAAAGAAGUACGGACACACCUACAUCGUAUCACUGGUCGGAGGACUGCUCGCUGCUGCACUAGGCGCGUGGUACUCCGUCACGCUGGUCUCCAUCUAUGUUCAGUAUACACCCAACGGUGCCAAUUCGAACUGCAGAAACGGUGUCGGCGACUGCGGAAGCGGCAAGGUAAUUGGCUUGCUCGUUUUCGUUACCUUCGCCAUGUACUGGAUUUCAGAAUGGCUGAAGAACACAAUCCACACCACCAUCUCCGGCGUAUACGGCUCCUGGUAUUUCAACCCGAACUCCAUGCCAAAGGGCGCGACCCGCGGUGCUUUCAAGCGGUCCGUGACCUACAGCUUCGGCAGUAUCAGUCUUGGAAGUUUGCUUGUAGCUAUCAUCCAGACUCUGCGUCAGCUUUGCUCGGCCGCUCAGCGCAAUGCUGCCGGUGAUGGCAACAUGGUGGGCGCGGUCCUGUUUUGCGUCCUGGGUUGUUUGAUUGGCAUCCUCAACUGGGCUGUCGAGUUCUUGAACAGAUACGCAUUCAGCUACAUCGCGCUUUACGGAAAGAGCUACGUCGCUGCAGCGAAGGAUACCUGGAAGAUGAUCAAGGAUCGUGGUGUCGAUGCGCUUGUCAACGAGUGCUUGAUCGGACCUGUGCUUUCCAUGGGAGCUACCUUCAUCGCAUAUGCCUGCGCGCUCUUAGCCUACCUUUACCUUAUCUUCACAUCGCCCGAAUACAACUCAGACGGCGCCUACACUCCGGUUGUGGUAGCCUUCUCUUUCCUGAUUGGUCUCCAGAUUUGCAACAUCUUCACCACGCCAUUGAGCAGUGGUAUCGAUACCAUCUUCGUCGCAAUGGCCUGGGACCCCGAGGUUCUUAUGCGCGAGCACCCAGACCUCUACCACCGCAUGAUAGCCGUCUACCCGCACGUGCAACAGGCGAUUCAUGCAUAA